CUAACUGUGGAAAAACUGACUAUAAGUUAUAAGAUCGACACUUUAAAAGUUAGCUCGCUGCACAUUUCAAACCUCAACGGGAGAAAACUGCUGUUUAUUUGGUUAAGUUUGGCGAAGUUAACUGGAGUUUAAACUGUUUGGACGGACUUUUAGCGAGACGUUUAGAGGAAAAGUAACAGCUAAGUUGUGAUAUUAAUGCUAAGUGUUAGCGGGACUGAUGCGUGUGUUAAACUUUGUAAAGAUGUCAACAGCUGGAUGGUAUUAAGAAUUUUUUCAGUAUCAGCAGGUGUGUUUUUAACGAGCUCAGCUGUGAUAAAGUCCUGAAUUGUUAAAUAAUCUGUAAUAUUUCCCGUUUUAAAGAAGCUCUAACUGGGUUUAGAUCACCAGUCGGGACGUUUCCUCAAAGUUUCCAUCAGUUGCUUUGAACCGUUGAUGCUUUUUACAGUCAGUUUCAGGCCUAAAUGCUUGUGAUGGGAUGGCAGACAGUUGGUGAUUCUGGGAUCAGGUCACGAAGUUAACAAAACCCAAACAUCCGUCUCCAUGGCAACACCCUACAGCUGAUUCUGAGAGCAGAAGGACUGAUCUGCUCCUGCCAGGUGGGUGAAGAUGAACGGAAAGAAGCUCCGCUGCCGUCGCUGCCGCAGGGCCGUCGGAGACGCCAAGUCUCUGGUGGGGGAAGUGGACUCCGGUUCGGGCCCCUGCUUCAUCUGGCACAUGGAUGUUGAUAACCUACCAGAGUGGAUCUGGACCUCAGUUCAGCAGGCCGUCUGGACGUCCGGGAAGCUGAACUGCUUCCACUGCGGGGCCCGGCUGGGCAGCUUCAGCUUCCUGAACCAGUACCGCUGCCCCUGCGGCCGCGACGCCACCGUCCACUUCAGCCGCAGCCGCGUGGAUCUGGACCAGAAGCCCCGCCUCCUCUUCGUCCCGCUGCACGGGACGGGCCGCGGGUCGGCGCAGGCUGCCCAGCAGGAGGAGCCCGCUCUGGGCCCGGUCUGCGCCGGUGGGGCCCCACAGCACGGUGCCGCCGGAGACACGGAGCUGGACUCGUCAGUCAGGACAGCAGCAGAACUCGAGGCUGAACMGGAUAGUGAGGUGCAGAGCGACGGCGUCCCCUGGGAGUCUGGAGCUCCGGCAGGAUUAGCAUCAUUAGUGCAGUUAGCAUUGUCGUCUUCAGCGCCUCCGGAAGCAGAUGAAGUUUAUUUCACCUCUGAGGGGGAAGCAGAGCGGCAGGAGGAGGAAACGGUGUCCUCCUCUCGGGGCCCCGAGGUUCUGAGCUCCUUGGCCCGGAACAGACUGAGCAAAACGGACCAGAACCGACUGAAGAGUCGGAGGAGGAAGCAGAGGAGGAGAGAGAGAUGGCAGCAGAGCCGUCUGCAGGAGGAAGAGGAGGAAGAGGAAGAGGAGGAGCAGUCGUCCCCAGCCCAUCCUCUGGCCUGUGAGGACGUGGACCGGGACGGUCUGACCUGCGCCGUGUGUCUGGACGUCUUCUUCCGGCCGCGCAGCUGCCUGCCCUGCGCUCACGUCUUCUGCGAGCCGUGUCUGCGCCGCCUGGCYCGGAACCGCGCCGCCCACACGCCCUGCCCGCUCUGCCGCCGCAUCAUCGCCAACACCGGCUUCCACAGAGAGCUGGACCACCGGGCCAAGACUCUGUUCCCGAAGGUCUGGGCGACGCGCAGGCAGAACUUCCAGAACUCGCUGAGCUCCCGCUGGCCGCUGCCCAGCUCCAGAGAGCCGACCCGCUUCCUGUGCUGUCAUGGGCAAAGCGCGGAGGCCGCGUGGCAACGCUGGCGCCUGACUCAGCGACCCUUUGACCUCAGCACGCAGGCCCUUCCUCAGCUGCCCUUCGCCACGCUCAUCGUCCUCUUCGUCAUCUCCGUGGCGCUGCUCCUCUACCUCGCCGGGUUCUUCUUCACCUUACUCACAUGAGCUUCUGCACAUGUCCUGCUGUUAGUUUGCACAUGAUUUAUGAACUCGAGAGGCUUUUUAAACCCUGCAGGACCACAGAGAGGUGCUAAACGAAACGCUUCCAACUACUUGUAAAAAUAAAUUUCUCCACUUUUCACGGC